CCCAACUCUCCUAACUCAUUCUCCACCACUCAUAUAGAAUCAAAAUGGCCACCAAACCCUUCGCCAUCAUCGCCGGCGUCGGCCCAGGCACUGGCGCCUCCAUCGCGCGCCGCUUCGCCAAAUCCUACCCAAUCGUGGUCCUCGCCCGCAACCCCGCAAACUACCAAGGUGUCGUCGACGAAAUCAACUCCACAGGCGGCCAAGCCACCGGCAUCAGCACGGACUUAUCCGACAGCGCCGGGGUGAAAUCCGCCUUCGAGCAAAUCAAAUCCCAAUUCAGUGGUGCGACGCUCGCCGCGGCGGUGUUCAACUCGGGGGGUGGGUUCGUCAGAAAGCCGUUUUUGGAACUUACUGAGGAGGAGUUUGGGGGAGGGUUUGAGAGUCAGGGAAAAGGAGCAUUCAACUUCGCCCAACACGUUCUUCCUCUCUUCAAUCCUACAGCAACCGAACACCCACCGACUCUCAUUUUCACCGGCGCAACGGCUAGUCUGAAAGGGUCGGCGAACUUUGCCUCCUUCGCGGCGGGGAAGUUUGCCCUGCGUGCGUUGGCGCAGUCCCUGGCGAGGGAAUUCGGGCCCAAGGGCAUUCAUGUCGCGCAUGUGAUUAUUGAUGGGGUGAUUGAUAUUCCGAGGACGAAGGGGUGGGUGUUUGAGAAGGAGGAUGCCAAGUUGGAUCCGGGGGCUAUUGCCGAGUCAUACUGGCAUUUGCAUACGCAGCCGCGUACGACGUUUGGGUUUGAGUUGGAUUUGAGACCGUAUGUGGAGAGGUGGUGAUACCUUAUUCAGUAGAGGACUGUGUACCGGGACAUAUGAGUGAUAUUCUGGGAGUGGAGGGAUUCUUCUGGUAAUUGAGAUAGCAGAGGAUAAUGUAUGGAUCCGUGGAUGAGGAUAUCAUAGCCUUUGAUAGUAGCUAUUCGAAGCAGAUAC